AUGAAGAGUUAAAGUAUUUACAAGAAAUCUAAUCCUAUUAGAUCAACUUGUAUUAAAUCAAUAGAAGCUAAUCAAGAGUUCUACUUAGCAGUUAUAGAAUAAUAAAUGUGUGUAAGUAUUUGUGCAUAUAAUGAAUAAACUGGAGAAGUUUUUGUUACAUAAUUUUUAGAUUGUACAACUUUUAAUAUUACUUCAUCUACUAUAUUAAGAUUUGCUCCUAAAAUCUUAAUAUCUAUUGAAAAUAAUGAAAAAAGCAUGUUUUUUAAAUAAUUAGAAGAUGAAUUGAAUGAUACUUUAAUCUACUUUUUACCACUAAAUGUAUUGUAAAUUAAAUUCGAACUAAAUCAAUUUAGUAAAUUUGUAAAAUAAUUAAAUUAACUUUAAUUAUGUUAUGCUGCAUUAUCUUAUACAGUCAAUCAACAUUUAAAUAUUCUCAUAAACAAUUUACCAGUUCAAUUCUAUAACAUUAAGGAAGUCUUAGUGUUCAAUAUUUAAACAACUUUGAGUUUAGAUAUCUUAAAUUAAUUAUAUAAACUCUUUAAACCAAUUACAAAUGGAGGUAAAAGAUUACUUAAAGCAAAUUUACUUUAACCAUUUAGCACUAUAUAAAUGAUUCACAUUAGAUAAUAAAAUGUAAAAGAAAUGCUAAGUAAAGAUGAUUCUACUAUUCAAACUUUAAAAUCACAUAUGAUGAAAUUCAAAUAAGUUGAUACUUUGGCUUGUCAAUUAUAAAGUAAAAGUACUAAAUUAUAGGAUCAAUUAUAAUAAAUAUUUAAGAUAUAUAAUUUUCAAAAAGACAUUAUCAAUUUUACACAUUAUUUAAAUGAUUAAAAAUUAAAUAAUAUAAUGGAUAUAGAUAUUAAUGGUAUAUUAAUGAGUGAUGAAUUUUAAAAUAUUAAAUAAUAAAUAGAAUAAUAUAUUGAUGUGACUUUAUAAUUAAAUAAUAUAGAAGAAGAUACUCUAUUUUUUAUAAUGUUAAAUGAGAAAUCAAAUAAUUUAAAAUAAAAUCGAUUAUAAUUUAUUUCAUUAAGAUAAGAAAUAAAUAAUCUAUUUUAAAGAUUGAUGUCUUGUUUUUGUCUAAAUUUGAAAUGUAAGAAGCUUAAGACAAAUGAUAAUUCAAUUAAAUGUCUUAAAAGUGGAUACAUUUUUGAAUUAUCUGUAAAUGAAGCAAAUAGAAAUAAUAUAAAUGAAUUAGAUAUUAAAAGAAUAGUAGAAAAAGAGAAUGAUUCAAUAUCUUUUAUUGAUAAAAAUAAUAAAAAAUAUAGUAUUCUAACUGAGAAACUUAAAGAUUUAAAUAAUAAAUUAAAUGAUUGUAUAAUGAAUAUAUUAUCUGAAACAUAACUUUAAGUUAAUAAUUUGUAUGAAUAGAUGUAGAAAUUUUGUUCUUGGAUAUUUUCUCUUAAUUGUUUAAUUAGUUAAUUUGAUAUAGCAUUAUGUAUUAGAGAUUAUACAAUCUAAAAUGUAUCAAAUAAAUAAUAGAUGAUAUUCCCCUAAUUUGAUCAUAAUUAAUUUAUUAUUAAGGAUGCAUCAUACUUAUACUCUGUUAAUUCUCAUGAUACAUUUAAUAAGUUAACAAUUUCAUUCAAUUAAUUUAAUAUCAUUUAUGAUUACAAAGAAUGUUUAUCAGAAUAAUUAAAAUUGAUAGGAUAAUUCAUUAUACUCUCAUAAAUAGGAUGUACACUCCCUUGUUCACAAUUCAAAUAAUAAUUAUUAAGUUGUAUAUAUACUCAUUUUCAGAAAUAUACUAUUUAAAAUUUAGCAGAGAGAUAAUCUUCAUUUACUGCUGAAAUUUAAUCAUUAAAUAAUUUAUUAGUUUCUGAAUUACAUGACUCAUUAAUUUUAUGUGACUCAUUAGCAAUUUCAUCUUCACAUGAAUCUAAUGUAUCAUUUAGCAUUUCAUUUCUGGAAGCUAUUUUCAAAAAGACUCAUUUUGGUUUAUUUGGAACAUAAAAUUCUGAUAUCAUGCAAAUAAGUGAUCUAAUUUAAUGUAAAUGUAUGAUAUCAAAUAAUAAUUAAAUUGAUUAAAUAUAAUAGAAUGAAUUAGAUGUAAUUAAUAUAUAUUUAUUAUUAUAGUAAAUUCUUGAUGAGGAAUUUAAUUUAGAUUAUAAGUUGAAAUUACUUAAUAAGUUAUAAUAAACUUUUGAUUUUCCUUCAACUUUUUGCUUAAUUUUUGAACGUAAUUUUAAUAAAUAAUAUGUAUGA